CAUCGCUUGGUUUCCCCCCAGAGAGCAGAUUAAGCAGCAAAAGGAGAAAAGAAGAAGCCUUUUCGCUGUGAAAUUAUAUAGUUUUGCUCGGCCACGGACAGUUCCACUCGCGCUUCCUUUGGCACCGCAACGACAAAACGCGACUUCCAGAGCCACGCAAUUCCUCCAAGCAUUCAAAACUUAAAGCGGCGAAGGACAAGAGAGCACCUGACCUUCCUCAAGAGCCGUCCGUGGAUGGCGCGCACGUGUCAGUGGUAGGGGUGGGUUUUAUUGAUUGGGGUGCGAGCGAGAUGCGGCGCGGGGGUGGCGGCGGCGGCGAGAGGGGGUCAGCUGAGCAGGAGGCGGACGUGUGGACGGAAGCGGCCGCGUUCUACCCGUGGGAGUGGCAGCGGGGCGCUCAGGGUGCACACCCUGCCGACGACCUUCGCCUCACCACCCCCUCGCACCUCUCCCUCUUCAGGCCGCUCUCGUCGCUCCUUUUCUCCUUCCGCCGCCGCCGCAAACUUUCCGACGACGACCCAGCCAUGGGCAACCUCCAGGGUUCCGCCAAGGGCAAGCCGGCCAAGGCCGACAGUCCGGGCCGCUCCAGGAGCAAAUUGUUCCUAGGCCAGAGAGCAAAGUCGCCGGCCAAGCUGCAGCAAAAACUUCAGGCAGGACAACAACAAACGCCAUCCACGCCAACACCGCGCCAGGUGGAAGAAUUGGCGCCGCCGCCGCCGCCGGAGGUGAGCGCGGCGCCAUCUGGGGGCGGAUGCGAGGAGGAGGCGGGGGCCGUGGAGGGGGCGGCCGACGACUCGAGCGGCUCCUCGUCGCUUUUGUUCACGGACCCGCUGAGCUCGCCGGUGGCCGCGGCGGCCACGCUCGCCACGCCCCUCCAGGCGGCCGCCGGCCACUCGUGCGCCAGCAGCUACCACUCCAACAUGCUCGAGGAACAGGGUCAGGGUUCCUUGCAGGGUCAGGGCCCCACUCAGGGUCAGCCGCAGGACGACGACCUGCUCGCCGAGAUCCUGCUGGCCGCCGAGGCCACGCCGGCGGCCAACAAGGCCUUCACCGUGGUGCGCCACAAGAAGGUCGAACUGGCGCCCCUGGCCGCCGCCGACCCUGAGAACGGCCACGUUUCGCCCCUUCCAGAGUUUGUCCGCAACCUGAAAUACGAAGGUCGAUUUCACGCCAGGUGCAAGUCGCGGGGCGAAGAGGGGGCGGCGCCGCCGCUGCGGCGCCUCGUGUCCACGUCGGAUGUGCCCGCCGAGAGCAACGUCCUGCGCAAGGUGGCCAGCCUGACCCUGGACAGGGCCACCGUCGACCAGAAGGUCAACCGGCCCAAGAACGUCCCGCAGAAGCUCGAAUACCAGAUCUACGAAAAGUUUGAAGGACAAAUGCUGAUCAACUGGUUCCUGACGGCGUUCGGCGAGGAGCACUACCUGCGGCUGCUGCUGACCCCGCAGGACCUGCGCAUCCUCGUCGCCCAGUUCGCCACCCACAUGCUUGCCGCCGGGGUCAUCAAGCAGAUUGUCGACAAGGACGCGCCCCUCGAGGCCCUCUUCAGGCCGGACCUGAUGUACUACUGGGCGCACUCGGAGACGCCGGCCAACCUGCCGUGCACGCCUGGCCGCCUGCCGAGCGCCGCGUGGCCGCCAGCCCUGCCAGACGUGCAGGCGCUGCAGCCGCUGGCCGCCGCCAAGCCCGGCGCCAGGUAUUCCGAGGCCGACUUGAGUGGGGGUGCAGGGGUGGCCUCGGCCCUUCUAGCCCCGUCGGCCUCCUCGGCGUCCGUGCCAGCCACGCCGGUCGCCGACCUCCUCCCCAAAGGCCCAGAAUUCCAGCAGGUGGUGAUGGGUUUGAAGCGCGAGCACAAGGAGAGUCUGGAGCGGCUGACGCGCAGCCAGGAAGUUUCCACCUUCAACCUGCGCGGCGAACACGCCGAGAAACUCGCCCUGACCGAGGAAAAGGUGCUCAGGUUGGAGCAGCAGGUCGCCGCCCUGCAGCAGGAGGUCGAGCGCUACAAGACCCUGGCCGACAUUCAGCAACUGACCAAGAGCGUCCAGGCAGACUUUGAGUCUCCAACUGGCGAGGGGGCGGCAUUUGUGCCGGGGGCGGCGAGCCCAACUAGUCCCGCGGCUCAGUCCCCCGUCCCAGCACCAGAACCGCCUCCGCCGCCUCCUCCGCCGCCUCCUCCGCCGCCUCCUCCGCCGCCUCCUCCGCCGCCACCGGCACAAUUCCAAGCGCCUCCGCCACCUCCCCUUCCAGCGCCUCCUCCUCCGCCUCCACCGCCUCCGGGUGGAAUGGGUCCGCCGCCGCCUCCAAUGCCUUCUGCUGGGGGCCCUGUGCCACCCCCGCUGCCUGGCUCGGGGCCUCCGCCGCCCCCGCUGCCCGAAGGCGCUGCAGCAGGUCUGCCUCCGUCUCUGCCGCCUCCGCCCCCGGGCGGAUGGGCCUCCAACCAAGCAACGCUGCGGAAGGCGCCGGUGAACCCGCCGAUCCCGAUGAAGCCUCUCUACUGGACCAGGAUCAUUGUGCCCGACGGCCCUGCCGCCUCCGUGGCCCCCGCAGAGGCCGCCUCACCCCCUCCCUCGCCCACCUCUGAGGGCGCAAAGUCGCCGACGGCGCUGUGGGCGCAGCUCGAGGAGGCCAACAUCGAGAGCCUAAACGAGUUCACCGACCUCUUCUCCCGGCAAAUCGUCGAACGCAAGCCGGCCAAGAAGAAGCCCGAGAGACCCACAAAGACUGAGGCGAUCAAGAUUUUGGACGGGAAGCGGUCCCAGAGGGUGGGGAUUUUGUCCUCGAGUCUGCACCUCGACUUUCCUGAGAUCGAAAACGCAAUCUACCACUUUGACACUUCGAUCGUGAGUCUGGAGGCCUUGCAGCAGAUCUACGAAGUGAGGGCGACGGACGACGAGCUCGAGAUGAUUCGGGAUCACGUGAAAAGCAAACCGGACGUUCCUUUAGACAAGCCUGAACAAUUCCUGUUUGAGUUGUCUGAGAUUCCGAACUUUGCGGACAGAAUUUCUUGCUUCAUGUUCCAAAACGAGUUUGACAACGCCAUUGCCAACCUCAGCAGCAAACUCAGCAACAUUUCCUCCACCUGUGAGGUAAUGAUGACGUCUGAGAGUCUGCAGUCGGUGCUGAGCAUAAUUCUGGCCUUGGGCAACUACAUGAACGGGGGCAACCGGGCGCGGGGCCAGGCGGACGGCUUCGGCCUCGAGAUCCUGCCCAAGCUGCGCGACGUCAAGAGCAGGGACAACAGCAUCACCCUCCUCCACUACAUCGUCCGCAUCUACAUGAAGAGGCAGGAGUCGAGCAAGUUACUGGAGCUGGGGGUGCCGACGCCCGAGCCGGGGGACGUUGACAGGGCGGGCCAGGUCGACUUUGACGAUGUUGACCUCGAGCUGAAGCGCCUCAGCAGGGAGCUCGACGUUUGCCAGCGCAAGUCGGACAGGGUGGUUGCCGAGUCCUCCGAGGAACACCUGCAGCCCUUCAAGGAGAAGAUGCAGUCCUUCCUCGACAAAGCAAGGAAGCAGUGGUCGGAUGAAAACGACGCGCUCACCGAAGCAAAGCUUAAGUUUGCGCAGGUGAUGAAGUUCUACCAGUUUGUGCCGAAGGGCGUGAAGGUGCAGGAGGCGUCACCCAAGGACUUCUUCGUGCUGUGGUCGCCCUUCUGCAAGGACUUCAAGGACAUCUGGAAGCGCGAGCAGCACAAGAUGCUCAAGCAGAAGGUGCAGGAGGCCAAGCGGCGCCAGGAGGACAAGGUCAACAAGGUGCAGAAGAUGAAGAAGGGCGAGGGCGGCCUGAAAGCAAAGCUGAUGAAGCGCGGCCUCAAGUCGGCAGACCACCACUGACCUCGUUGCCUUAAUUAAAUAUAUUAAGUUAUUGAAAAUUCUUUUAAUUCCCACCGCGGACUAUAUUUUUGCGUAGAAAACAUAUCAUUGUGAUCAAUUCUCUCUGUUUCUCAUUUUAAUUCAUCUUUGAGGAGGAAGGAAAAUACAAUUGUUUUUUUGUACUGAUUAAAUUGUAAUCUUGCACAAUAAUUUGCAUUCUCAUAGUUUGUAGCAGAAUUAAGUUAAAUAUUUACAAAUUAGGCAAACCCAUCAUGAGUGAGAGACAAACACAGAUCUUUGUGUAAAAGUGAUUGAAUAAAAGAUAUUCUAUAAUUAUAAA